UUUUAUUUACCAUUUUUAUUGAAAAUUCCAAGACAUCAUAAAAAGCAAGGAGAGCCCCCGCCCCCCCCACUACAUCUGAUUGCUGGACUCUACACUAUAGAACAUCAAUAUGUCGGGAGCUUCUGUGAAGGUGGCUGUCCGGGUCAGGCCUUUCAAUUCCAGAGAGACCAGCAAAGAAUCCAAAUGCAUCAUCCAGAUGCAAGGCAACUCAACCAGUAUUAUCAACCCAAAGAAUCCCAAGGAAGCACCAAAGUCCUUCAGCUUUGACUACUCGUACUGGUCUCACACCUCGCCUGAAGAUCCCUGCUUUGCGUCUCAGAACCGUGUGUACAAUGACAUUGGGAAAGAGAUGCUCUUGCAUGCCUUUGAAGGCUACAAUGUGUGUAUAUUUGCCUAUGGGCAGACUGGAGCUGGGAAAUCCUACACCAUGAUGGGCAAACAGGAGGAAAGCCAGGCAGGCAUCAUCCCACAGCUAUGUGAAGAACUGUUUGAGAAAAUCAAUGACAACAGUAAUGAGGAGAUAUCCUAUUCUGUGGAGGUCAGUUACAUGGAGAUUUAUUGUGAGAGAGUCAGAGACUUACUGAACCCGAAGAACAAGGGGAAUUUGCGGGUGCGAGAGCACCCCCUGCUUGGACCCUACGUGGAGGACCUUUCCAAGUUAGCUGUCACCUCCUAUACUGACAUUGCAGACCUCAUGGAUGCUGGGAACAAAGCCAGGACUGUGGCAGCUACCAACAUGAAUGAAACCAGUAGCCGUUCUCAUGCUGUGUUUACGAUUGUCUUUACUCAGAAGAGACAUGAUACAGAAACUGACCUUUGCACUGAGAAGGUCAGCAAGAUUAGCCUUGUGGAUCUAGCUGGGAGUGAGAGAGCAGACUCAACUGGUGCCAAGGGGACUCGAUUAAAGGAAGGAGCGAAUAUCAACAAGUCUCUCACAACUCUGGGCAAAGUAAUUUCAGCCUUGGCAGAGGUGGAUAACUGCACCAGUAAGAGCAAGAAGAAGAAGAAGACCGACUUUAUUCCAUACAGAGAUUCUGUGCUAACUUGGUUACUUCGGGAGAAUCUAGGUGGAAACUCCAGAACUGCCAUGGUUGCGGCCCUGAGUCCAGCAGAUAUCAACUACGAUGAAACUUUGAGCACUUUAAGGUAUGCAGAUCGUGCAAAGCAGAUUAAAUGCAAUGCUGUUAUCAACGAGGAUCCCAAUGCCAAAUUGGUGCGUGAGCUUAAGGAAGAGGUGACAAGGCUCAAGGAUCUACUGCGUGCCCAAGGGCUAGGAGAUAUUAUUGACAUUGGUCCAAUGGGAGAUGAUUACUCUGGAAGUGGAGGCAAAUAUCUGAAAGAUUUUCAGAACAAUAAACAUAGAUACUUGCUAGCCUCCGAGAAUCAACGCCCUGGCAAUUUUUCCACAGCCUCCAUGGGGUCCCUCAGUGCAUCUCCAUCUUCCUGCUCUCUCAGUAGUCAGGUGGGCUUAGCAUCUGUGUCCAGUAUACAGGAGAGGAUCAUGUCUACACCUGGAGGAGAGGAAGCCAUUGAACGUUUGAAGGAAUCCGAGAAGAUCAUUGCAGAGCUGAAUGAGACAUGGGAGGAGAAGUUGCGGAAGACUGAGGCCAUUAGGAUGGAGAGGGAGGCCUUGCUGGCUGAGAUGGGAGUUGCCAUUCGGGAAGAUGGAGGAACUCUGGGAGUCUUCUCCCCUAAAAAGACACCUCAUCUUGUGAACCUCAAUGAAGAUCCACUCAUGUCAGAAUGUCUGCUUUAUUAUAUCAAAGAUGGCAUCACUAGGGUUGGACAGGCAGAUGCUGAGCGGCGACAGGACAUUGUGCUGAGUGGGGCUCACAUUAAAGAGGAACAUUGUCUCUUCCGAAGUGAGAGGAACCACAAUGGUGAUGUUAUUGUUACUCUGGAGCCUUGUGAACGGUCAGAAACAUACGUCAAUGGCAAGAGGGUUGUGCAGCCUGUGCAACUGCGCUCAGGAAAUCGUAUCAUCAUGGGUAAAAAUCAUGUUUUCCGAUUCAACCACCCUGAGCAAGCACGAGCAGAGAGGGAGAAAACUCCAUCAGCUGAAACUCCCUCUGAACCAGUAGACUGGACUUUUGCUCAAAGGGAACUCUUAGAAAAACAGGGCAUUGAUAUGAAGCAGGAGAUGGAGAAGAGGUUACAAGAAAUGGAAAUUUUGUACAAGAAGGAGAAGGAGGAAGCAGAUCUCUUGUUGGAGCAGCAAAGGCUGGACUAUGAGAGUAAACUGCAGGCCUUGCAGAAGCAGGUUGAGACGCGUUCCCUAGCUGCUGAGAUGACAGAAGAGGAAGAGGAGGAGGAGGAGGAAGUGCCCUGGACUCAGCAUGAAUAUGAACUGGCCCAGUGGGCAUUCAGAAAAUGGAAAUUUCACCAAUUCACUUCAUUAAGGGACCAGCUCUGGGGAAAUGCAGUCUAUCUGAAAGAGGCCAAUGCCAUCAGCGUGGAAUUAAAGAAGAAGGUGCAGUUUCAGUUUGUUCUGCUGACUGACACGCUCUAUUCCCCUCUGCCCCCCGAACUGCUGCCCACUGAAGCAGAGAAGGCUCGGAACAACAGACCUUUUCCUCGGACAGUGGUGGCUGUGGAAGUCCAGGAUCUGAAGAAUGGAGCGACACAUUACUGGUCCUUGGAGAAACUCAAGCAGAGAUUAGAGCUGAUGCGGGAGAUGUAUGACAGGGCUGGAGAAAUGGCAUCCAACAGCCAGGAUGAGAACGAGAGCACAAUGACUGGUAGUGACCCCUUCUACGAUCGAUUCCAUUGGUUCAAGCUGGUUGGAAGCUCCCCCAUUUUCCAUGGCUGCGUGAAUGAGCGCCUUGCUGACCGCACGCCCUCCCCCACUUUCUCCACGGCUGACUCCGACAUAACCGAACUGGCUGAUGAGCAGCAAGAUGAGAUGGAAGACUUUGAUGAUGAGGCCUUUGUGGAUGAUACUGGCUCCGACGCUGGAACUGAGGAGGGAUCGGACCUCUUCAAUGAUGGGCACGACCCGUUUUACGACCGGUCCCCUUGGUUCAUUUUAGUGGGAAGGGCAUUCGUAUAUCUGAGUAAUCUGCUGUACCCAGUGCCGCUCAUCCACAGAGUGGCAGUUGUUAGUGAGAAGGGGGAGGUUCGAGGAUUUCUGCGUGUGGCAGUGCAAGCAAUAGCAGCUGAUGAAGAAGCCCCAGAUUAUGGAUCUGGUAUUCGUCAGUCUGGCACAGCUAAAAUUUCUUUUGAUGAUGAAUAUUUUAAUAAGAGUGACUUUUCUUCAGUUGCAAUGACUCGUUCUGGACUGUCACUAGAAGAGCUGAGAAUUGUGGAAGGGCAAGGUCAGAGUUCAGAGGUCAUGACUCCCCCAGAAGAAAUUAACAGAAUGAAUGACCUGGACCUGAAGUCGGGCACUUUGCUAGAUGGGAAGAAGGUGAUGGAAGGAUUUACUGAGGAGGUUGGAGACCACCUGAAACUGGGUAGUGUGUUCACCUUCCGAGUGACAGUGCUGCAGGCCAGUGGCAUUCUCCCAGAAUAUGCAGAUAUCUUCUGUCAGUUCAACUUUUUACAUCGACAUGAUGAAGCUUUCUCUACUGAACCUCUCAAAAAUAAUGGCCGGGCGAGUGCUCUUGGGUUUUACCAUGUCCAAAAUAUUGCUGUGGAAGUGACAGACUCUUUUGUGGAUUACAUCAAAACCAAGCCUAUUGUGUUUGAAGUCUUUGGGCACUACCAGCAGCAUCCUCUCCAUCUGCAGGGACAGGAUCUCAACAGCCCUCCUCAGCCAUCCCGGCGAUUCUUUCCACCUCCCAUGCCGCUGUCGAAGCCAGACCAUGAGAGAAAAAUUGAGUUGAUUAGGUAUCUCAUGUCUGGCUAUGUAAAUGUGCAUGUGCUGAACACGCUGUCUGAGCACGCCAAUGUGCUUGCAUCCUCGGCUGUGGCUACAUUCCAGGAUGGGGCUGACCAGCUGCCACCUUUUCUUUUUCUGCCUGUUCCCAGCUGUCAGAGUGAGCGGGUUCCCAAAAGAGAUGUUCCAGCCACAAAGCUAAACACUAUGAGCAAAACUAAUCUGGGCCAGAGCAUGAGCAAAUAUGACCUCCUGGUUUGGUUUGAGAUCAGCGAGCUGGAGCCAACCGGAGAAUACAUCCCUGCUAUCGUUGAUCACACCGGAGGUCUACCCUGCCAGGGGACGUUCUUGCUUCACCAGGGAAUCCAACGUAGGAUUACAGUUACCAUUAUCCAUGAGAGAGGCAGUGAAUUGCACUGGAAAGAUGUGCGAGAGUUGGUUGUUGGUCGUAUCCGAAAUAAAGCAGAGGUAGAUGAAGCUGCUGUGGAUGCCAUUCUGUCUUUGAAUAUAAUCUCUGCAAAGUAUCUGAAAUCUUCUCAUAGCUCCAACAGGACUUUCUAUCGUUUUGAGGCUGUUUGGGAUAGCUCCUUGCAUAACUCCCUCCUCCUCAAUCGAGUGACACCCUACGGAGAGAAGAUCUAUAUGACCUUGUCUGCAUAUCUGGAGCUUGACCACUGCAUCCAACCAGCUGUGAUUACUAAGGAUGUCUGUAUGGUCUUCUACUCACGAGAUGCCAAGAUUUCACCACCACGCUCGCUGCGCAGUCUCUUUGGCAGUGGCUACUCUAAAUCCCCGGACUCCAAUCGAGUAACUGGAAUCUAUGAGCUGAGUUUAUGCAAAAUGGCAGACACAGGAAGCCCAGGAAUGCAGAGGAGGAGGAGGAAAGUGCUGGAUACUUCUGUGGCAUAUGUCCGUGGGGAAGAGAACCUGGCAGGCUGGAGGCCCCGUGGCGACAGCCUCAUUCUAGAGCAUCAGUGGGAACUGGAGAAGCUGGAACAGCUGCAUGAGGUGGAAAAGACUCGGCAUUUCUUGCUACUACUUGAGAAACUUGGCGACAGCAUCCCCAAAUCCUUGAGUGACUCACUGUCCCCCAGUCUGAGCAGUGGGACCCUCAGCACCUCGACCAGCAUCUCCUCCCAAAUUUCCACUACCACUUUUGAGAGUGCUGUCACACCCAGUGAAAGCAGCGGCUAUGACUCUGCAGACAUCGAGAGCCUGGUGGAUAGGGAGAAAGAGCUUGCCACCAAGUGCCUGCAGCUUCUUACCCACACUUUCAACCGUGACUAUAACCAGGUGUACAACAGCAUCAGUGAUUGUAAGCUGUCUGAUAUCUCUCCAAUUGGGCGGGACCCAUCAGUGUCCAGUUUCAGCAGUGCCACGCUCACACCUUCUUCUACUUGUCCCUCUCUGGCAGAUUCAAGAUGCAAUUCAGUGGAUCAGAAGACUCCAGAAGCAAAUUCCCGUGCCUCCAGCCCCUGUCCAGAGUUGGAACAAUUCCAGCUGGUUCCAAUAGUCGAAACCUCCUUCCUGGCCAGAGCUGGAAAGAAUGAAUUUCUGAACCUUGUUCCAGAUAUUGAGGAAAUCAGACCUGGCUCUGUGGUCUCAAAGAAGGGGUACCUCCACUUCAAGGAACCACUCUCCAGCUCUUGGGCUAAGCACUUCGUGAUAGUCCGUCGUCCGUACGUCUUUAUUUACAACAGUGACAAAGAUCCUGUGGAGAGGGGGAUCAUAAACCUGUCCACAGCUCAGGUGGAGUACAGUGAGGAUCAGCAGGCAAUGGUGAAGACACCCAACACCUUUGCUGUGUGCACAAAGCACCGUGGGGUCCUGCUCCAGGCCAUCAAUGACAAAGAUAUGAACGACUGGUUAUACGCCUUCAACCCUCUUCUUGCCGGCACAAUACGGUCAAAACUGGCCCGAAGACGCACGGGUCUGCUGAAGUACUGAGUCUCUGUAACGUUCUCAUCUGUUCUAACUCGCCUUCUGAUAGAUAAAGUGUUACCUCUCAUUUCUCUUUGUGAUUCUUGAUGGUUUCUCUUGUAUGUAAUCCUGUGGCUAACUUCCCCUCCCUCUCCACCUUCUUCAGCACUUUUUCUAGCUAUUCUAACACUACCCUUUUAAUUUUUCAAAUGUGUUGAGAAUCCUAUUAGUAGCAUGUGGCCAAAACAAAAGGAAAAAAACAAAAAAAAAACCCAGUGAAUAUCACACAACUUCAAAAAGAAAAGUGGGUUUUUUUUUGUUUUUUCCUUAAGACUAUUGGUUUCCCAUUCCAGCUGACUCUCUUUGGUGUCUGUACCACUGUCCUCAAUGUUAUCUGUCUGAAAUGCUUUUUCAUUUUCCUUUAUUUUGUGACUUUGCAGUAACCACAAUGCUGCCCUCAGGACAAGAUUCUUACACUAGGGAAAUAUGGUUCCUUCUAAGUGUCUAAACAUAGCAUUACCAAGACAGAAGCUGUCACUACUCUCAAGGCUUUCUUAGUCUUGCCUGUCAUGUAACAUCCCCACUCACCCCUGUGAGAGGUGACCUGUAAGAUACCUUAACCUAUCCAGGUUGGACUUGAAUCUCAGAACCCAGAUAUCCAGGAAUUUGAAUUAAUUUUGGAGAUCGAGGAGGAGUUGAUGUUGAGCAGUUCAGAGCAAGGUCUUUUAUUGUCUAGAUUGAGGGGAGGAGAACAGGAGCAGAGCAUAAGUGAUGUAGCAGUAGCCUGGAAGAAACUGCCCUGUGAGCUUUUGCCAUAGGGGUCUACAUUGGCACUUAAAAAUAAAAAAAGCCCCUCCCCCCAAUUAGCACUUCUCUGCCCCUGUUUUGAGCUGAGGAGGUGGAGUUUUUGGUAACUGUGUGCAGCCAAUGUGGCCAUGUCCCUCCUGGUUGGGAAAGGAGGUUGUCACUGCAUUGGAUGCAAAUGCUGAAAUUUGAAGGGUUCAGCCUUUUCUGAUGCUUAUGAAGGAAAGUGUGAAGUAUUAAAAUCCCUGCGUAGUAGUUCUCUUGAGCAUAUACAGGAAUUAACCAGAAGGGUAGGGAGAUGCUUCCCUUUACUCUUUGGUCUUGAAAGUUACUGUAGUCAUGACUUAUCCCUUCCCUGUUUGACUAAAAGAGAAACCAGGAUGGCCUGGAAAGCUACUCUGAAAAAUGCAUCUGGCCUGCACUCUUGGAGUACUUCUGAAAUGAGGGCCUCCCACCUUAUGGGUACUAUCCUCCUUUCUCCAAUUCAAACAACAUUCAGUCUGAUGAAAUAGCCUCUCUCCACUCUCUCCUUUUAAAAGCUUAGUGGUGGCAGCACUUCCCAGCCACUGCAUGCUCCAGGAUGGGAGGAAGCUUUGGCUUCUCUUUGGGGGGGGGGGAGGGGAAGAGUCACAUUGCUGUUUGUAUGUCACCACCACCUUUCUCCUCCUCCUUUUCUUCAGCUGCCUCCAAUUUAAAUUCUGUGGAUAGGAAGAGAGACCAAGCAGACUCUUAAUCCUGGUCACCAGUGUCUAACAAGUGCCUGUUGUAAGAUCCCCUGGACAGUGGCAGCUAUUGCUAAUUUGAUAUAGGGUCUCUUAGACAAACCUCAAAAUCCCUGCCCUCCCGCUCCUUCAGCUCUUCCUCCAAAGACACAGUGAGUUUCCUUUCUCUGGGAGAUGAAUUUCCAGCUUAGGUUUCUUGGUGGCUGAAGAGGAGUUUUUUAGCAUCCAUUAAAACCCCUUCAUUAUAUUUUAGCAGCUCCUAGAGGGUGGGGAUGUACAGAGUACUCAUGAAAUUUUGGCCCGUGGAAGUGGCAAGAGGGGUUUAUUUCACUAGCCUACACAGAUGCACAAAACUCUGAUCACUCCACCUCCGGAAGGUAGUUUUCAUUCAGAUCACUCCUUGUCACUUAAUCGUGCCACCCACUGGAGUUUCUGUGGCCAAAUGCCUGAGGGAUUCUCAAUAGAGCAACUUCAUACCAGCUUCAUGCACUGCUUUGUUUAAGCUGCAAAGCGCAAUGCAUAAUGAGACCUCCUAAAAGCUUAGUUAAAAAAGGAGCAGGAAGAUGAAGACUGAUGCUUGCUAGGACAUGUCUUUAUACCUUACAUGAGCGUGAUCUAAACAGUGAGCUCUCACCCUUCUUUUGUGUUCCCCUAACACUUUCCAGAACAGGAAUCUGCAGUGGGGUCUUAGGGCCCAAGAGCAUCACACAGAAAGCAUUUGUUUGCAUUUGUUUAUAGCAUUUUGUUCUUUAAUUGUGUGACCUUAACACAGUGAUGUACUUUGUUAUGUAACAAACACAAUAUGCACUUCCAGUGUGUGCAGAAACCAAGACUGCUAGUACAGGAAGAGGGUUCCCUGAGCUGGAGCUAAGCAGAUUUCAGGACUAUUCUAAGAAUGAACUAUAGGUUAAUUGUAAGCACUAAGUCACAGCUGCUGCUGCCGCUGCCAUUGGUAAUAAAGAUGGGACCUGUUUGAGAACUGGAGGCGAUUAGAUGGUGGUAUUAUGUAACGCACUGAGAACUUUUUUUUUUUUUUUUUUUUAA